GUCCGCCGCUUCAGGUCCCUUGUUCGGGCGCCAAUUGCGGGAAGAAAUCCCAUCAGAGUUCCAGACCCGAGCGGACGGAGGAAGAAAUGCAGCCGACUCAAUAUGAGUGAUAAAGCAUACUUCAACUUUAUUGCCCGAGAUAGCGUGCAUUUAUACCAGAUACCAUAAUUAUGCAUACUUGUCUCUAUCUAAUAGGCUAAGCACUAAAAGGUUACAUUUACUUACUCCACCUACUUGGGUUUAGCUAGCUAUGCGCAUCCCGCAUUCUUCUGACUCUUAUCUCUUCAAGGAUAUCUUGACCCUGCCUUAGUUAGUACUUUUCCGUUCCCCCCUUUCCCACGGCCUAAUAGACAAGCUAACUAAGGCCUACUUAUGUCAACUAAAAUGGGCUCUGCUCGUACAGUUGCUUGGUGGACUCAUGUCCGUGCUCCUUGAGCCAAUCCCCGACAAAUCACCACCCUGUUUGGUUCGGCAGCCUGAACCCCCUCCUGAAGGGAGAGCGGGUGGAAUUUCCCACCCAGGAGGGAAUGAUUUGCUGGAGGGGAAAAGCAGUUUGGCAACUGCACCCCCCUCAGCACCUUCAGCAAAUCAGACCAGUUCUCUCCAUCGCACCUGGGAACCGUGAGCAGCGGGAGCUGCAGCGGGACCCGUGUGGGAGCAGGUCCGGUGCUGCCGGGGCCAGUGGGAGAUGGUUGCAGCCGGCUCCAAAGCCGGUGUGAGCAGCCAGCGCCUGCCAAAGCUGCGCCAGUCAGGGCAGCCGCGCUCCCCGCUGCAGACCCGUUGGGUGAGAGAGGCAGGAAGAAGCAGGGAAGGCUAGAAGGAAGCGCAUCGGCGCGUGCAGCCCGGUGUCCCCAUGUGGGGACAUGGCAGGGGUGAGCCCCAGCCUGGGGAAACCCCUCCCGCUCAGGAGACAGUGGGGUGGGGGCAGCUCCCUGAAGCCCCUGCCCACUGCAGAGCCCCUGGCAGGGCCUGGAGGGGGGUGGGGGGAUGGCUGUGUGCAGCCCCUGUGUGACACGGUCCGGGGUCACAGUGGGACAGCCACACGUCACAGUGGUGACAGCCCCCCUUUCCCUGUCGUGACCAGCAUCUGCCCCACUCACCCCGGUGAGGCCGAGUUGACUCCAGGCGCUGGGAGCUGCUCUCGCCACCGCUCUGCUCUGGAGUAGCUGCUCUGCAGUGAGGAGGAGAAGGCGGAGAGAGGGAGCACGACAGCACCAAGGAGGGUGAAGGUGGAGAAGGAGAAGGAGGAGGAGGAGGCUUUUUGCAGGAAGCAGUAAAGCCAUCGUCCAGCCACUUGCUGCAGUUGUUGACUGGAAGCAAGAGGGGAAUUAAGAUGGCAAGACAGCUCUUCUUGCAGCCUCAUCUGAGCCCGACCAUGGAGAAGCUUGAGCGUUAUGAGCUCGCUAAGAUUUGGGCCAGCACAUCGUAUCACCUCAGCCUGCAGCUGGCUCUUCACCAGGCUGUCCGCAUUCCCGGAAUCGGGACUUUUGCGGUUGUCAGAAAGCGAGUAGCCCUCGGUGAGCAGGAUCUGGUGAUUGUGGAGCGGCCCGUGUUUCAACUUGAACAGGCUGUUGCGCGGGACCAUGAGCUCCGCUGUGGUUGCAUAGACUUUCCUGGUAAGCAGCGUGAAAGCGGCGCUGGCCCUUGAGCGGGGAGGAGAGGGGUGCUCUGCUGUCCAGAGGUGACUGAGGGGAGUACCAACCACCCACCGCGGUCCUGCCAAGAGCUUCCCUCGACAAAACCAGCCUGCUGCGAAAGGACCCUGCCGAGCUGUUUGUUUCAAAGAAUCACCAGAGGACAAUACAGCUAAGAGCGCACUCUCUUUGUCCUGCUUCAACGACAGGUUCACUCACAGCUUCCUUGGUGUGGUGUCUUCUGGUUCCAUGACGCUUCAACUCUUGCUCCCCCUUUCUGCUGCACUAGACCUCACCCAGGCAAAUGCCAGGGCUCUUCCCAGCUCCCUCAGCCUCCCUGCAAGGAGGAAAAGCAGGGGAAACCCAGGGGGGAAAGACGGUUCCUUCCAAAAGCCACUGACUGCAACGCCUGCGCUUUCUAGUCACUGCUGCCUUUGGGGCAGCUGUUGUGGGACCCCGGGGAGCACCAAGAGCUUGGGGCUGUGUUUGGGGUGCGUUUCUCUCUAAAGACAAAGACGGCACCGAGUGUGGGCUCCAAUGGGCUGGCACCCUCCAGCUUGCCCUGGGACCUGGCGCCUAUCUCCCCACGGCUUGUCCCGCAGUCCCUCUUCUUCCCACCAAGUGCCUAAGACUCUUUGUUUCCCUUUCUGUAUCAGAGGAGCCACAGCGGUCUGCUCCGCACCUCACUGUCCACUUUAAGAGGAAGGGACAAGCCGAGCGUCUCCUCAGAGGCGCUGGCCCAGCCAGACAGCCCAGUACCAA